GGCCGCACAACAACGAGUUGAGAGAAAGCCGCGUUGCCGGGCCUGUACGACUCCGCGUUGACAGCCGACGUAACGGCAGCAGUUCUGCACCAUCCACCUUGUAUCGCGCCGAUCAGGACGGCCCCACUAGUAGUUUGGAUGAAAUGACAAACACGAAGCAAGACGCAAUGCUACAACUACGCGAACUCAUUGCAGGUGAAACCCAACUCCAUUGCCCCACAAACGAUGCUUUUCUCGGCAAGUUUCUGCGAGCUCGGCAUUACAACGUCGAGCGCUCGUUCGAGAACAUCAAGAACUACUUCAAAGUACGAGGCGACUGGCCCGAAUUAUUUGACAGGCUGGAUCCAGAUUCUGUUUUGUUCGACACCAUUUGCCGUGAGCACAAGCUAAUUAUAGGGUCUGGAAAGAAAGAUCCUGAAGGAAGGGCUGUUACUUUGUUGAAUCUGGGAGCCUGGAACACCAGCAUCUGUUCACUGAACGACUUUUUCCGAAUCGGUAUAGUUUACCUCGAACACUUUCUUCUCGAUGAAGAAGUUCAAGCUAACGGCAUCGUGUAUGUGAUGGACUUUAAGGACUUUGGCAUCUACCAUUUGACCCAGUUCACGCCAUCAGUCAUCAGAAGGUUCUUCAGGCUUAUGCAGGUCAGCACAAUGCACACUAAAGGAUUGCUAUCCAGUGCGGAUAAAAGGAAUAUAAGUGAUAAACAAUCCCACUGCAUUUGAUAUCCUGUUCGCAAUCGCCAAGCAUUUCAUGAAAACCAAGUUGGUAAGCAGGACUCAACUUUUAGGCACUAAGUGGGAUAAGCUGUGCUGCCUGGUACCGGAUGACGUCAUUCCCGAGGAAGGCGGCGGCACGCUCGGAACCUACGACUACGACGCUAUGGAAAGGAAGUUGAAGAGCAGUACCGAAUACUUCAGGGAAAUGAGUAGCUACGGAUACCCACGCAAGCCGAAUGAAUGUGGAGAUCUUGAGGAAUCCCAACAAGAGGAACAUACUGCGUUGUGAACAGUAUAGCAGUGGCUUUGUACGAGGACCAACUCGCACAUUUUUUUCUGCUCUGACGUUCAACAGGCUCUGUUUGUGCACAAGUUUGCAGGGUAAACCUGCUUUUUGGGGUCGUGACUUGCUUGCGUGUGACGUCUUGUGUGAAUGAAUAAACUUUCCGCCGAAGCUAG